AUGCCGCCUCGCUUUGAUAAAAAGCUGACGCCAGAUCUCUACGAGGUCUUUCUAUCAUACAAAAAAGCCACCACGGUGGUUGAGAGAUGGCUAGCUGUCACUUCCGAUAGAAUCGAUAUCAAGGCCAGAUCGAUAAUAUCUGAUAUGCAACAAGCAGCAAGUUCCAUCAAGGAUAAGCGUAUCAAGGUCCCCGAUCUGAUCUACUAUGCCUUCGACAAGGCUAUCGCGGCUCGCUCUGAGAUUUACGAGAUGCAUCGACAUUUUGGUAGACUUAAAUCCAUCUUCAAGUCUCUGAGCUCCGACGGACUCUCAUCCUCGAAGGCAAACGAGACGAAUUCUUCAAGCACGCCAGGUUUGAAUCCUUUCGAGACACUCAGUAAUCUGCAAACCGAGAGCGAGUCACCCAGUGCAAGCGGAAACGAAGAUAAUGAGGCCUAUGAGACACACCACGAGCACUCGAGAGAUGGACGAGACGACGCAGGAGAUGACGGCAUUAAGAGUGAUGCAGCUGUCCAGGAUCUUAAGUUGUAUUUUGUGCUUUGGGAUCUCGAAACGACUUGCUCAAAGGUCAGGAAAUAUUGGGCCGAUGCUGCAGUAAGUGAGAUGCCGUUCAUGCUCGCGGCCUUCCUCACCAACGCUGCCAUAUCAUCAACACUCGGCAUACCUGGAACAGCGACGUUUUCGGAUCCUGUUGCCAUAAAUACCUUCACACAUCCUGUCAUGGCCAUCAUUCUAGGCCAGCAGGGGAUCGAUGAUCAUAUCAUGCAGAGCAGUCGCGGCAAAGAAUCAUCGAGAGCUUGCAAGAUUACAUCAUUCGCUCUAGAAGGACCUUGCGACAGCAUCAAAAGAGUUGACGCGGAGACGAAAGUGUUCAAGUCCUUGUUAAAGAGUAUGAAACAGCUCUCUUGCAAAGAGGAAGAUUAA